GCACGUUUCCAUAGAGACGCAGCAAUCGGUGGCAAGUGCUCCUCAAAAUGCUAACGUUAACUGGAUGAAAAAGCUUUUUUAAGUCCCAAAACAAGGACCCGCUGUAGAGAUGUCUCAGCUGUCAGCUGAAGAUGAGGUGGAGUUGCAGUCGCUGCUCAAGCAGCUUUUGAGAAGCAUUAAUGACAGAAUCUCUGGUGCUCCAUCGACCGAAUGUGCUGAAGAGAUCCUUCUUCACCUGGAGGAGACUGACAAGAACUUCCACAAUUAUGAAUUUGUCAAGUACCUCCGUCAGUACGUGGAGAGUUCAUUGGGGACUGUAGUGGAAGAAGAGACAAAGAACUUGACCAGAGGAGAUGCACAGCAUGCAAUAAGCCCAGGUCACGACACCUUGAUCCACGCUGUCACCCGAAGGACCAGAGACUCGGCUGAGUACCAGCAGAUGAUGCAGACAUUGAAAAACACCAUGAUCAUGGUGGUGGAGUCUUCAAUCAAUAAAUUUGAGGAGGACCAGAUGAGAAAAGAGGAGAUGCACAGAAAGAAGCAGCACAGUCAGUCCAACAGCCAGUACAUUGACAACUGCUCGGACAGUGACUCCUCCUUCAACCAGAGUUAUGCAUUCAUCAGACAAGAGCAGCUGCAAGCUUUGGCUGAAAAACUUGACUCCAGCAGACCCAAAGAGGUGCGUUGGGAGGCUCUUCAGGCCCUCUGCUGUGCCCCUCCGUCUGAUGUGUUGAACUGUGAGAGCUGGAGCGGCCUACGCAGGAACCUCUGUGCUGCUCUGAACGAUCCUGACCUCACCGAUAACGUACUGCAGUUCUUUGCUAAAAGCUUCUCCUCCUCUCCACUGAAUGUGACACGAGAGAUCUACACCAGCUUGGCUAAAAGUGUGGAGUCAAGCUUUCUGUCUCACAAGCUAAGCUUUCCAAGUAGCUCAGCUACCAUCGACAUAAACAGACCUGAAAUCAGUCGUCUUCUCAAACAGAUUCGAUUGAUGAAUGACUUUCAAAAGGAGGUGACAACCUUUUGGAUUCGUCAUCCUGAGAAAUACAUGGAGGAAGUUAUUGAGAGCACGUUCUCCCUGUUGUCCUUCCAUCAUGAACAUGGAUCAGCCUCACCAGGGACAGAGAAAGCUCUGGAAUCCAUUCACCUACUGGCCUUACUGGAUAUUAAAGCUACCUGGUUUAAAAAGUGGAUGCAUGGAUACUACAGUAGGACUGUGGUUCUGAGACUCUUGGAGAGAAAAUACAAGUCUCUGAUUGUAGCAGCCCUUCAGCAGUGUAUACAUUACAGUGAAUCAUGUGAACGUUUUGCAAAUGAGACUACUGAUCCCCAGUCAGCGGAGCCGCAGACCACUGGUUCAGCCCAAAGGAGUGUCUAUACAGGAAAAGAGCUUGAAUAUGCUUUUUUUGUGCAUUCGCUGUGUGUCCUGGGGAAACUCCUCAUCUACACCAAUGGGAGAAAGCUCUUUCCUAUUAAAGUGAGGAAACGCAAAGAUCCCGUUUACCUGACAGACCUGGUUGUCAUCCUGAUUAACAUCAUGUACCAACACCCCACACCUCUGCACUGUGACACCUCACACACAGACUCCCUGUCGCCCAGCAGUCUAUCGAUGGAGGUGCUAUGGAUGCUGUGUGAGAGGACAGAGUGUGCUGCAGUGUGUCUCCACCAGCCCCCUGUAAUAGAGAAACUACUGGCUCCUGUUAUAGCUCUGCUCAAUGGACAGCAGGCCAAAUUAAAAUCUCCUGAAGCAACACUGACUCUCAUCGCUGAUGUUCUGGCUCGGAUCGCAAACACUGACAGAGGAUUAGCUCUCUUCUUAUAUGAGAAGAAUCUGGUUGUAGGCCACAGUGAGAGAACCUUUGCUGCUCGUGUCGUUGUGCAGUUCACCCUCAGGCUGCUGGAUAAGGACCUGUCAUCACUAAGUGAAUCCAACACAUCCCAUACAUUAUGUGGAGCCUUUAUCUUUGUUUGUAGACAGAUAUACAACACCUGUGAGGGUUUACAGGUCCUCCGACCCUAUGGCCUGCACAAGGCUGUAGCUGCUGCAUGGAAAAAGACCAGUUCCUUGUCAGAAAGGGUUCCGACCCCGGUACCUGGAGCCACUGCUAGGACAUCCACACAGGAGCUGCAGAACAUGCUCAUCUGGGAGGAGACAUUGUUGGACAGCUUGCUGAACUUUGCUGCAACUCCUAAAGGCCUGCUGCUGCUCCAGCAGACAGGAGCCAUGAAGGAUAGUGUCUCCUACAUGUUCUCUCGCUUUACUAAAAAACUACAGGUAAGCCGCUGUGAGAAGUUUGGAUACGGUGUGAUGGUGACACAGGUGGCAGCAACUGCUCCAGGGGUGGUGGCUUUGCACAGAUCAGGAUUUGUCCGGGCACUGGUGAUAGAGCUGUGGUCUGUUCUUGAGUGCGGCAGCGAAGAUAUCAAGGUGGUCCGUCCCAAGCCUACACCCAUGGACCCCAUAGACAGGAGCUGCCUCAAGUCCUUCCUGUCCUUGGUCAACCUGCUCUCCUCUUCCCAGUCAGUGUGGGAGUUGCUGGGCCGACAGCCUCUAGCCAACAAGAGUGAAUACACCCUGAGAGAAAUGCCCACCUCCAUUGCUGAUUUGAUUGACAGGCUGAUUGCUGUGAAUUCAGAUGCGAAGAUUAAUUCCCUGUUUCACUAUGAACAGUCUCACACAUUCGGACUGAGACUGCUCAGUGUGCUUUGCUGUAAUCUGGACUCCUUUCUGCUGCUGGAGAGCCAGUACGACAUCUGCUCCAUGCUGCUGCAGAGUCAGAGAGAAAACGUGACUGAAGUGGACACCAAUGAUGGGGAGUUCAUUAUUGACAGUCUGUCAGUGGAGAGGAAUCACGUGCUGGUUCGUGUUAGUGUGGUGGGAGGUCCGUCUGAGAGGAAGCUUCCUCCUCGAGCACUGCAGGAGGGAGAAGAUCCUUACCCCUGGCCCAUGUUUUCAAGCUACCCUCUACCUCACUGCUACACUUUAGACCCACCUAAGAUCCACCAUAACUCACAGGACUCUGAGAUCAGUGCAUUUCUGGCAUCUAAAGACUCAAAGAAUGAGGAGAGCUGGAUGGAGAUCUGCCGGAGACUGUACUGCAAAGUUAUGACCUCCAAAGCCAACGUUUUAACUGGAAAGGUGCUGGCUGACCUUCUGGAGAAGGUUGUGGCCCAUCUAUCUAACUCUGCCACAGAGUGCUUCUUCUCUCCUGCUCAGUACAAAGUAGAGGAGAUAAGUCUGAAGAGUGCAGUACUAUCAUCUGUGGAGCAGCUGGGAAUCAACACCUGUCUCUGGUACGGCAGCUACCUUAAGCUACUGAAAGAAGAUGCUGUCAACGACCUGACACUGCUAAUGAAGCACAUUAAGAUCUUCUUGUUCACACAAAGAGUUAAAACUGCUUCAGAGCUCAUCACUCAGCAGGAUGGUUAUCCAGGCCACGACUGGCUGGCCUCCACAGUGUUCCUCAUCAUGGCUGGAGAUAUGGACCGGUCUCUAAGUUUCUUACUCAACCUGUCCUCUCUGCUUACCUCUGCAUUCAUCUGGCCAGCAAGGAUACAUGCCUCUAUCCAUGUUCCUGUGCAAGUAGCUGAAUCGGGAGUUCCUCCUGUUUACUGGUGUACAGCUCACUAUGUGGAGAUGCUGCUGAGAGCUAAAGUUCCUCUGGUCCACUCCGCCUUCAGGAUGUCUGGUUUCACCCCAUCCCAGAUGUGCCUCCAUUGGCUGACGCAGUGUUUCCUGAACUACUUGGACUGGACAGAAAUCUGCCACUACAUCUCCACCUGUGUGGUGAUGGGACCCGACUACCAGGUUUACAUGUGUGUGGCUAUAUUCAAACAUCUGCAGCCAGACAUCCUGCAGCGUACACAGUCCCAGGAGCUGCAGGUCUUCCUGAAGGUGAGAUGGCGCGUCAGUACUACAGUGUAUUUUACAGGCACUAUAUAG